AUGGAGAAAUUGCAUUUGCCAUCGGAUAAAAUUUUAAAACAGGCUAUCACAGAGAUUAAAGAGCCAGUAUUAUUUCAAGGAAUGUUACAAGAUGCAACAGGUGCAUACACUUGGAAAUUAUUGGAAUGGGAUUUACCCAAACUCACCGAAAUGUUUGGCAAUGUUAAGCUACCGUUUCGUGUUGGUUAUAAUACCAAAACUAUAGGUCCCCAAUGGGAGGUGAAUUGCCUUAUGACUUCUAUGACAUUGUCAGAGUUAUUAAAAAACAUUGACCAUGAUCAGCAGAUUAAAAAGUGGUAUUAUUUUGAUUAUAAACACAUGCAAGAAUGGUUCCAAGAUAAACCACAGAUCAUUGAUUCAGUGAAUUGGAAGAGAUUUGGUUUUGAGAAAACAGGGUCUGAUUCUACUCUUUGGAUAGGAAGCAAAGGUGCUCAUACAAAUUGUCAUCAGGAUUCUUAUGGUUGUAACUUAGUGGCACAAAUUCAUGGAAGAAAGCAAUGGUUGUUGUUUCCCCCAAGCUCAAGCAAUUGUCUUCAGCCAACAAGGGUUCCUUAUGAGGAGUCCACAGUAUAUAGUAAAUAUAACUUUUUUUGUCCAACUAAAGAAGAUGAGAUAAACAUAUUAAAAAUACAAGAUAAUGCAAGGUUAAUAACCCUUGAGGCAGGGGAUGUUUUGUUUGUACCUCAUGGCUGGUGGCAUUAUGUUGAAUCAUUGGAAUUUUCUGUCAGUGUGAAUGUCUGGUUACCAAUAAUAACAGACAAUGUGUCAAGGGUUAAAGAAGCUAUUGUUAAAUUAAUUGUAGCUAGAAUUGGUAAAAAUGUCCAAACAUCAGAAGAAACUCAUUGCUCUUUAUCUUAUUGCAUGCAAUUGCUGAGUAUGGCUCUUGAAGAGUGUCAAAAUAUGGAAAAUGCAGAGACAUCUCAUAAGACAAUGCAACAUAAUGCAUGGACAGCAGAAGUUUUAGCAGCACAGUAUCCACAUUAUGUGAAGCUCCUUCGGGAACUCAAAGCACCAGAACUAGAGGAAUUUUUAAGAAUCAGAAGGGAAAGAUUUCUUGAAAGCAGUGUUGAGUCAUUGGCAGAUACUACUUCUGACUCUGAUAGUAACAUUAAAAAUUUUUCAGCAAUUCAAAAAUUAUCUGAAAACAUUGUAAAUGCUAUUUGUCAGCCUGAUGUUAUUAAUAAAGUGGCUGAUUUGCUCUUAUCCUUAUAA